AUGAUCAACUGCACGGCUCCCUCGUUAUUGGACUCGAGGGUUGUCAAUCAAUCGCGGACCCCUCCCACGUCCACCCCCCUCAACCUCCCCGUGCUCAACAGCCUCCGCAACCGCCGCGUAAUCCUCGCCUCGCAAUCCCCACGUCGCAAGCAAAUAAUCUCAUCCUUGGGCCUCCCAAACCUGGAAAUCAUCCCGUCCAACGCCGCCGAAGACCUCCCCAAAAGCCUCGGCGCAUUCGAGUACGUGUUGGCCACAGCAACGAAAAAAGCCCAAGCAGUCUACGAGCAAGAGAUCAACAACGAGAGCAAGGAGGAGCCCGCACUCAUUAUCGCCGCGGACACGGUCGUUGUUGACCCGUCCUCCGGCGCGAUCCUCGAAAACCCCGCUCCGAAGCACACCACCUGGCCAUGCUGCGCUCGCUACGCGACUGCGCGGGACCCGGGAUAUGCUAUUGAGUCGGUGGUUGAGGAGACAUCGGUGAAAUUCGAUGGGGAGGUUACGGAUGAGUUGAUUAUGGCUUAUGUGCGGACUCGUGAGGGCGCGGAUAAGGCUGGUGGGUAUGGGUUGCAGGGACUUGGGUCUAUUCUCGUGGAGAAGAUUGAUGGCAGUUAUGAUAAUGUUAUUGGGUUGCCGCUUAAAGCGACGCUGAAGCUUAUCGAGACUGUUAUGCGGAAGGCGGAUGAUGACGAGGGAUUGCUUAGUGAUGGGGAGAGUGAGGAUGAGGAGUGA